UGUAGCAGUAGUUGGACGGUGGGAAGACCAAGCAAGUUCUCUACUGUGCGCAGCAGCCAGCAGAAGCAGCAAGGAACAGGGAACUUUAUGUAUUGACUGUUGGUUUCAACAAAGAGAAUCAUGGUUCAAGCCAAAACCUGGAUCUUGAAGCAGCACUUUGAGGGCUUUCCUAAAGACACCGACUUUGAGCUAAAACUAGAGCAGCUCUCUGAGCCCAGAGAUGGAGAGGUUCUUCUGGAGGCAGUGUUCCUUAGUGUGGACCCUUACAUGCGUCCAUUCAGCCGUGUUCGAAUGCAAGCUGGAGAUGUGAUGAUUGGAACUCAAGUUGCCAGGGUGAUUCAAAGUAAUAAUCCUUCAUUUCCUGUGGGCUGCCAUGUGGUUGGUCGAUGUGGCUGGAGAACACACACUGUGACUGAUGGGAGCAAUAUCACCAAAAUCUUGGUUGACUGGCCUCAGGAUGUCUCCCUGUCCCAUGCCCUUGGAGCCAUUGGGAUGCCAGGGUUGACUGCUCUUUACGGUUUGGAGGAGGUCUGUGCCAUCAAACCGGGAGAAACCUUACUGGUUAAUGCAGCCGCGGGGGCCGUUGGUUCUGUAGCUGGUCAAAUUGCCAAACUAAAAGGUUGCAAGGUUGUGGGAUCAGCAGGAAGUGAUGACAAGGUGGCAUAUCUGAAAGAGCUGGGCUUUGACCAGGCUUUCAACUACAAGACUGUCCCGUCACUGGAGGAAGCACUGAAGAACGCUUCACCCGAAGGUUACGAUUGCUACUUUGAGAAUGUGGGCGGCCCUUUUUCGAGUGUUGCGAUUCCGCUGAUGAAGGAAUUUGGGCGUAUUGCUGUGUGUGGAGGAAUAUCACUGUACAAUGACACCACCCCACAGACAGGUCCUUAUCCACACCUGCAAAUGAUUUUUAAGCAGUUGAAAAUGGAAGGGUUCUUGGUGGGCAGGUGGCAACAUAAAAAUGACGAGUCACUGAAGCGAAUGUUGACCUGGAUGCAGGAGGGAAAGCUGAAGUGUAAAGAACAUGUAACUGCUGGCUUUGAAAACAUGCCUGCUGCGUUCAUGGGGAUGCUGCGGGGAGAAAACAUCGGAAAAGCCAUUGUUAAAGUCUGAUGGCAAGUACUGCAGUGGUUUGCUCAUGAAACAACAAUCUUGCCAUUUUUGUUAUAAAUUUUGCAUUAAUAAUGUUUUCAUGUUUUGUCCAUUAUUUUGUUUUACAAAUAAAGUCUUUUUUUUUUUUUGUAAAUCAGUGUCACAUUUGCAACAGAUAUGCACAAAGCAGGAAUAAAAAUAUACUUUUAUAUAUAUAUGAAAUUAGAAACAUUAAGGAAAUUUUUAUCCCAAAAGAUUAACAUUGGUCUAUUAAGUCAGCAAUUGUUAAUUAUGUCAUGAAAAAAACUUAUUUUUCAAUAGGAUAUGCAUCAUCAUGAACUAGAUGAACCACAUGAAUAACAGCAUAUAGAUAAUUUAACAGUCUUUGGAAAGUGUGUAAGAUUUUUAAUGCAACUCAUACAAUUUGAAAAGCAUGGUUAUGAGGUUUUGUUGCAAUAAAACUAUUAUUUCAUCCAUUA